CCCACAUCCAAUUGGCGACAAUCUGUGUGACGUAUACGGAUGUAAACAGAGCAGAGAAGAGUCGUCCUACCGGCGUGUAUGCAAGGGAAGGAAGCGAAGAUGAGGGUGUCCACCAGUCAUCUCCAGCAGCUCGCCAUCUUCACAACCGUGCUGACCGGGGGUGGGAUCGGCACCAUGUACUAUCUGCAGCAGAAGAAGUUUGCCGAGUCAGACUACCACAGACUGGCUCUGCAGAAACUGGAGGCAUGUCCAGUUGCCAUGGAAAGCCUGGGCGCCCCACCUUUAAAAGUCCACAACAUCCAUCUGAGUGACAGAAACAACCGCAUAGAUCAGCGCACUGCACAGAUAAAGAUCCCUGUGACUGGUUCACAAACUGGAGGUUAUCUGUAUACGUCUUCAAUCAGAGACCCUGACACCAACAGGUGGAGUCUGAAACAGGCAGUUCUGAAGCUCAAGGAAGGGCAGAUCAUCGACCUGCUGAAUCCUCCUCAGCCUGCUGCAGCACAGACCCAGGAGCACACACAGGGGGAAGACAUGGACCACUGGCACUGACCAACUCCACGCACUAAUGACAACAAUGAAAGUAGAAGUCGUCUUGCUCCCACUGGUGUUGAGUCUAAUUAACCAAAACAAUAUGGAAGUAUAUAUUUACCAAAUCCUCAUAAUUUUUGAAGAAACAGCAUUUACUCGUGACUCUCUCUGUGAGCGUCACCGGGCUUCUAACGGACUGCACUGGAUUGUUGUGUUUGCUGUCCUGGUUUGACUUUGAUUUAAUACAGACCUCUUGUUAAUACUUUCACAGUAUGAUGUGCCUCGGGUCCAAGACAUGCACGACCAGGUGAAUAAUAAUCAGAUCAGUGUUGAAUAUACAUAAUGAAUUACCGUCUAGCCUUGCACCAAUACAUGUUUUUAUACACAGACUGCCCUGCAUACAGCAUCACACACACCUGUGGUUUCACUGACUUUAUUCACCGCAACUUCCUGCUUCCUUUGCAGAUGUAGAGACACAACCGCAUAGGAAGCAGGUUUGGUUGGGUGCAUUUUUUGUUUAACUAAUAAUCAUGGCCUCAAGUUCACUUUUUUGGCCACUGUGGCAGGUGGAUUUCUUUUGUAAAAAGUUUUAUUUAUCCAAUAGCCCUAUCCACUACCCAUUUUACCCUCAGUCUUGACCGUUUCAAAUGAGCCGUAAAGAGAACGUAGGUACGAUACACAGAUGUGGGCAAAGAGCAAGUCCAAAGGAAACCGUGUGCACAUAAGAUCAGUAUCGUUUUUAGCCAUAGGUGUUACGCACUUCUUCCACAUUCUAUCACUUCUUGUCUUCUGAGCUAGGUUAUAAGGAAAGUGUCUGCGGAGUUAUUUUUAAAUUGUGUUAAGAGCACAGUGUAAUACACACACACAAUGCAACCGCAUGGGUUGAUUAUAACAACCGACAAUAACGUUUAUUGUAUUCUUGUUAGGCGGUGAAAAGGCGUAAGGAGGAAGGACGGCAACACAGGACUUUCACUCAGGAGACGGGGGUCGGUGUCCUGUGUGAAACUAAAAGUCAACUGUCUAUGUAUACCUUAUGUUUUAAGUAUUUGUGUUUCCUAAACUUAACUAGUUAUGCUUCAAAACGUUAACUACGUGUUUAAGCGGCGCCCACUACGUUAAAUAGAUGCCGAUUGUGUGUCGAUUUUGAGUCUUUGGAAAUCAACCAGCUGGGCAUCAAUCUCUCUUUAUUGUGCUCAUUUGCAGGUGCGUAAUUUUAUUUAGAGGUUGUACCAGAAUAGAAUUAUGUGGUUUAAUUUUCAAAAAACAGAUUUUUGCAUUACUGC